CUGAAUUUGACACUCCGACAAUCGGAGAACUUUUUAAGAUGUAAAAAGAAAGUUGUAAAGAGAGAGACAGAAAGAUAGUGUCGAUUGACGGCUAGAGAGAGAAACAAAGAAAGGAUAUUGACAAUUAGAGAGAGAAACAAAACAAAACUACUCUUUCGUUCGUCUUCUACUCUUCUCCUCAAUACAAUACAAAACAAACAACCCUAGAAAUUAACUUCGAAUCCAUGCUCUGAAAUUCUACAGAGAGAGAGAGUAUGUGCAUUGCUGCUUCGUCUUCUCUUGGUCAAAGAAAACCCUAGAAUUCACUACACUCAUCAAUUUCUCUCUCUACGCAUUGACGUCGACAACUUCUCGUCUCUGUUGAAGCAGCGGUUUUGUAUAUUCGCCAGAUGACUUCUUUGACGACGACAUGGUCUCCGAACUCUUUUCAGCUCCGAUUAGCUUGCAAUUGCAGAAAAUCUCCCACGGUUUUUGUACGAAUGCGUGUACGGAAGCUAGGUCGUCAGAUUCGUGUGUUCUCUGUUGCUGGAGAUAGUGCGAGAAAGAGUAAUGGACUAGAACGGCGUCGUACUGGAAAUUCGUGGAUGAAUUAUAAUUCUUCGGUUGAUGCUUUCUCUGGAUGGUCCGCCACCAGUGGUGGUGAUCAAUCUGUUGAAUCACAGCCGAAACGAUGGUUUGGAGCUAUUGUAGGAGCAGGAGUUGCUGGGGUAAUUCUUGUUGCCGGGCUUACAUUUGCAACCUUUUCUAUCAGCAAGCGGAACACUUCCAGACUGGCAAAAGAGAUGGAGCAGUUGACAAAACAACAGGAAGUGUCCUUGGCCUCUGACGACCAGGAUGAUAGAAUUGAAGACGAUCAAAGUGCGGGGAAAAAUAUGAUGCAAGAAGACAGUUGUGUGGAAAGCAAGACAGGUAUAGACAAGGAUUCUUCUUCAUAUACAGAAAAUAAUGAAGCAACCACUGACAAUAGACUAAUUGAUGAUGUUGAUGUGGGGUACACAUUGAAUGGUAAUGCUUCCAUUCAACAAGAUUUGCAAAAUGAAUUAGCUAUUGAUGACAUGUUAGUUGCUCCAAAUAGUAGUCCAGGUGCACCUAAACUGCCUGAGUAUGAGAUUGCUGAUGGUUCUUUCAUUACCUCAAACUUAAAUAGUUCAGGUGGUAGUCCUGUUUCUGAAAAACCAGAUUCGAUUACUGAACUAAAAGAGAACCAUACCGAUGGCAAGCUUGCCAACUCAUCUGCAUCUGAUGCUAAUUUAACAAAUAUUAACACUAACCACGAGGAGGGAGGGGUUAUCUCCAGGGAAACAGAUAAUUUCAACUUUUUAUCUGACUCAUCUUCCAGUUCUGUUGCUUAUAGCUCCAGUGAGUCUCUAGAUUUCAAUACAUCAGUGUCACAGUUGGAUGCAAUUUUAGAACCCCAGAUUGUACAUAAAGAGAAUGUAGAGACUGUAAAUUUGCUUUCAACCAAAGAUGAUCUUGACCUGAGCAAAGCACAGGAGGUCUCAGUUGAGGGAAAUAAGUCAUCACUGGAAGUGCAUAAUUUAAAUGGAGAUGGGUUAGCUGAAACAACUUCAGUGUCAGCAGUAGCCUAUCCAUUUGCAAAUGAACAAAAUGCAAAUGAACAAGAUGCAAAUGAUUAUAAUGAUAUCAGCAGAAGCAGAUCAUUUUUUGAAUCAAAAAAUCCUGGAAAUUCCUUCUCCUCUGCUGGUGUACCUGCUCCAUCUGUGGUUUCUGCAGCUCUACAGGUGCUUCCUGGGAAGGUUUUGGUUCCUGCAGUUUUUGAUCAAGUUCAGGGGCAGGCACUUGCAGCACUGCAAGUCUUAAAGGUUAUUGAGGCUGAUGUUCAACCAGGUGAUUUAUGCACUCGUCGUGAGUAUGCUCGUUGGUUGGUUUCUGCCAGCAGUGCUCUUUCGAGAAACACUCUCUCGAAAGUGUAUCCUGCAAUGUAUAUAGAGAAUUUCACUGAACUUGCAUUCGAUGAUAUUACACCAGAAGACCCUGAUUUCGCAUCCAUUCAAGGCUUGGCAGAAGCUGGGCUUAUCGCCAGCAAGCUUUCAAGACGUGAUUUGCAGUCUUCUUUAGAAGAAGACCAGAGUUCCUUCUGCUUUUCUCCUGAAAGCCCUUUAUCACGUCAGGAUCUUGUGAGUUGGAAGAUGGCCCUAGAGAAAAGACAGUUUCCAGAAGCUGACGGAAAGAUCUUGCACCAACUCUCUGGUUUCAUAGACAUCGAUAAAAUCAAUCCAGAGGCGUGGCCUGCAAUCAUGGCUGACCUAUUAGCGGGAGAACAGGGGAUAAUAGCACUUGCAUUUGGCUACACAAGACUGUUCCAGCCGGAUAAGCCGGUGACAAAAGCUCAAGCUGCUGUUGCUCUUGCAACUGGUGAAGCUUCUGAUAUGGUCAGCGAGGAGCUUGCACGUAUUGAAGCAGAGUCUAUGGCAGAAAAUGCUGUUGCUGCACAUAAUGCUCUGGUAGCUGAAGUUGAGAAGGAUGUUAAUUCAAGUUUCGAGAAGGAGCUAUUGUUGGAAAGGGAAAAGAUCGAUACUGUGGAGAAAUUGGCCGAGGAGGCAAGACGAGAGUUAGAAAUGUUAAGAGCUCAGCGAGAGGAAGACAAUAUUGCUUUAAUGAAGGAACGUGCUGCUGUUGAAUCGGAAAUGGAAGUUCUAUCAAAGUUAAGGCAUGAGGUGGAGGAUCAGUUGCAAAGCCUUAUGACUAACAAGGUGGAGAUCUCUUAUGAGAAAGAAAGGCUUAGUAAGCUUCGAAAAGAAGCUGAAAUUGAGAAUGGGGAGAUUUCCAGAUUACAAUAUGAGCUGGAGGUUGAGCGAAAAGCCUUGUCCAUGGCCAGAGCUUGGGCCGAAGACGAGGCAAAAAGAGCAAGAGAGCAAGCAAAAGCCCUGGAGGAGGCCAGAGACCGCUGGGAGAGGGGUGGCAUCAAAGUUAUUGUUGACAAUGACCUGCGUGAAGAGGCCAAUGCGGGAGAUACAUGGCUCAAUGCUGGAAAUCAGCUCUCAGUUGAAGGAACUGUCAAUAGGGCUGAGAACUUGGUGGCCAAGCUCAAGGCAAUGGCAGCUGAUGUGGGGGGGAAAUCCAGAGAGACCAUUGAUAAAAUCAUUCACAAGAUACUUGUCUUGAUAUCUGCUUUGAAAGAGUGGACCUCCGUGGCAGGCAGACGGGCUGGAGAGCUAAAAGAUGCUGCCGCGUCCAAGAUGGGUGGUUCUUUACAAGAGUUGCAGCAGAGCUCAGCCGAAUUUACUUUGGCUCUCAAGGAAGGAGCAAAACGGGUAGCAGAAGAUUGCAAGGAAGGAGUUGAAAAGUUCACACAGAAGUUUAAGACAUGAACUCCCUUUCUCCCUGGAGGUCUUUCCAUUUCACCAAUAAUCAUUUUUGCCAGAAUAUUCAGUUCAAGGCGGGGCUUUCGUCUUCAGUUCACCUCUCCCAUUUAAAGCAACUAGGAAAUAAGGCUUCUCCUUUGGGUGGCUCAUGCUUAGAGAUCAGAGUCUCUCAACCCUAAACUACAUUGGAUAUCCACCUCAAGAGUUGGCUACCAUGCUUUGGAUGUGUCUGAUUUUUUCUCUCUUUGGAUCAGCCUCCUCCCUCCCUUUUCAAGAGACGGGAAAAAGCAACAGAAUAAAUUUAAAAAUGGUAGCCGACUCAAGUAGUUGAGAAAAAGGCUUGUUUGUUGUUGUAAUGAAUGUACAAAUGGUUGCAAUGAAUUUCACUUGUAUGGUCUCAUUUUAAAA